UUGCAAAGUUGAGAAAUUGAUAAAAGAUUUGGCUCAUGCAUAACUGAGGUGUGAGCUGAAGUGCAGUGCUGUGGAGUGAAAGAGAGCGAGCGAGAGAGAGAGAGAGAGAGAGUGGAGUGGAGUGGAGUGAGAGAGGAGUGCGGUCUGCUCCAAAUCGUUUAUAGAACGUGCGAAACGUUAACAGUUGCAAGUUAAUUGGCAUAGGCCACAAAAAUACACACAUCAUGAAGUCGCAGCUGCUCCGCAUGCUAAUGGAGUUGUAAGAAGAAAAAUCCCUGUCGCUAUCCACAUUUCAUAUUGAGUGAAGAACUUUUGCCAUACAUUGUAAAGGGAGAAACGUGAACAGGAGCCAAAAACCAAGGAAAUUGAAAUUCAGCUUUCGCAGCACACAGCCAAAAGCAGCAGCAGGGGGACAUUCAUCAAGGUGCAGCGGGUGGCGCGAAUGCUGGCCGUCUAGCGGAUAGCAGAACGCCCCCACUCAUCCCCAGGCGAGCCCCAAAUCUCCCAACUCUCCCGGCCACUCGGAGCCAAAUGUAUGCGAGUCGCAGCUCGCAAUUUGCCAAAGGCAUCGGCAGCAUGGCGUGCAGCAUACAGAAGCAAACCUCACAGGCAACACCAACGGCAACCAUGACAAUGACAACGGCCACUGGUAUCGGAGCCAGAGUCAGAAGUGAUGUUGGCGGUGGUGGUGGUGUUGGUGUUGGUGUUGGAAGUGGUGCCAGCGGUGCCGGCACUGUGCCUUCCACGCCCAAGGUGAACAAGUCAGCCCAACCAAGGGGCUCGCUGCCAACGGACGUGCAUCAGCCACCACUGGAAUUCCAAUGGCCGCCGCCAUUGCCCGUUUCCAGUCACACCAGCAACUUGCGCCUGAACAUGAUGAACCAGGACCCCAAGGAUUUGCACACAGCACGCGCCAUCAUCGAGGAGUUGCGCUCCAAGGUUCGCUUCCAAACCGAGCACAUUAUGAAGUGGCGCAAGGCCUACGCUAUGCAGGUGCAGCAACACUAUCGCUAUCAGAAGGAGAAAUCGGAUCAGAUGAACUCGCUGACCUCGCAGCUGCUACUGUUGGAGUCGCGAUUGAAGCGCAAGCAGAAACAGAUUGCGAGCCUGCUGAGCCACCGGGAGAUGACCAUACAGCGGCAGCAGAAGAUCAUCGAUACGCUGUCCACACGCCUGGUGGAUCAUGGGCUGGAGAGCAUUGAGGCGAGCUAUGCCAAUGAGCUGGACUCGCUUAAUGACUCCGACUCGGCUGUGGUGCUGGAGGACAUUGAUUCGGACAGCAACAUGAUGACGCUGGGUACGCGUCGCAAGAGCAGCGGCGGUGGAGCAGGUGGUUUGGCUGGUGUUCUGGGUAGCGACGGCAUCACCAUUGUGCGCUCCAUAUCGGAUGCCAUUGAGACGAAUCUGAAUAAAUAUGGUGCCGCGAGGCGCAACAAUUGCUUUCUGCGACGCCCCGACAUACUGGAGACGGUCUAUUCUGUUGAGGAGGAUCCGGAACCCACUCCGGAUGUGGCGGAGAAGCGAGACAAGUUUAAGAAUCGUUCGGAGAAGGCGCUCAGCUCGAGUUCCACGGAAGGUCAGAUCGAUGCGCCAGCAGCGCCGGAAGCCAAAGACUCAUCAUCCAUAUCGCCAGUGAUGGCGAUGCCGGUGCCACGUCGCCAGCUGGGUGCACUGAAGCGAUCGCCCAGCCACGAUUCGCCGUGUACGACGCUGAGCGUGAAGGUGCCGCAACUGGACCAGCUCAAUGGCAAGUCGCAGGUGACCACCUACAAUCGGGUCAUGUCCAAUCAUCGCUCGGUGACGAAGCCCAAGGAUGUCAAGUACAAACGCAUCAACAAGGCCAAGUCGAAGAGUCUCGAGGAAUUGCGCGGCCGCCUCAAGAAUCUGGUGGAGCGUCCCGGACUCGACCCCGGCUACACAGCCGGCAUGAUGCCCCAGACGGCGCAAUCGUAUGCGUGA